AUGAAGAAAGAAAAAAUUACUUAUAAAGAAAUAUUCAUCAUGGGUCAUGGAGGUAUGAGUUGUGGAAUGAAGACAGCACGUUGUCUAAUGGUACUAUUCAAUAUUGUCUUUUUCUUAAUUGGUGCUGUACUUCUUGCACUGGGCAUAUACGUGAUGGUUGAUCCACGAUUUCAAAAAUUAAAAGAAAUUUUACCACUUAAUACAAAUGCGGGAUUAGAACGAGGCUUGUCGUAUCUUGAAAUGAUGGCCAUCGUUGUGAUCAUUUUGGGCUCAGUUCUUUUAAUAAUCGGAUUUCUCGGAUGUUGUGGAGCAAUGAAACAAGUGAAAUUAUUUCUCACAUGCUAUGCCAUCAUUGUUGCCCUGAUUAUAAUCUUUGAAGUGGCCAUAACAAUUUAUUUCGUUGUGUUUCAAUCGAAUUUUAAAGAGAGUUUCGUACCAAAAUUAAAGGACUCCUUGCGAGACAAUUACCAAGGACCACUAGGAGUAGCUGGCUAUGGACCCAAACCAACAGCUUACUCAUUAGCAUGGGACUUCAUUAUGUACAAUCUGAAAUGUUGUGGUGUGGAAAAUAAUGCAGAUUUUAAUGGAGCUGUGCAAUGGAACCGUUCAAAUCCAUGGGCAGAUCCUUUGGUACCACAAUCUGCAUUAUUUCGCUAUCCAUUGACAUGCUGUCCGUUUCCAAACGGUCAAUCGAAUUGGAAUAGUUUACCUGUCGACCAACUGAAUGAAGUUGCACAGUGCGCUGUGAGUGGCACAGGUGUUUACGAAACGGGUUGCUAUAAUAAAGUCGUCGAAGUGCUCAAUUCUGCCAAGACUUGGGUUAUUGUUGGCGCUGUCAUCAUCCUUGUCAUUGAGUUAAUAACAUUCAUCUUUACUUUGGCUUUAUGUUGUCGUCAUAAGAAAGAUACCAUCUAUUAUUCGUCGUAA